AGAAACAUAGAUAAACAUAUCUCUAUUUAGUUUCUGAUAGAAAAAAUAAGCUUGCUUGUUCCUGUGCUAUUUUAAUUACUAAUUAUCGGUUUAUUAUAUCUAUCACUUAUAAAAUUGCAAGUCACUGGCUUCAUGGCUUCCGCAGUGAUGAAACUCGAAGCGGAACAGGAAAGUUGCUGUGUUUGCGGUUCGGACGGUGGCGGUGAGCUAAUGACGCCUGAGGAGCACGAUACUGCUGCUGGCCCCAUGCAGGUGCCUCUGCGGGCCAUGCUGCUGCAUCUCAACAACAACAAGGUGUUGCCUGAUGGGCGUCUGUGCUUAAACUGUGUUCGACGUACAAUCGACGCCUACGAAUUCAGUUCUAACCUCUCAAAUAAAGGUGUUCCUCCAUUGAGCGAGAAAAUCCGCGCUUUGAGGCGACGGCUUCACGAGUUAACUCAAAAAAUUGAUGUCUUUAUUGUUGUGGGAGGGCCCGGAAUGAAUGCGGGGGGUUCCUACAGUGAGGAAGAUAUUAUCAUGGUGGAUAAAGAUGCCCUAGCAGCGGCAACAGCAGCAGAUGAAGAAGACUCGGAGAAGUCAAAGAAUGCCCGUGGAGAAACUGUGUAUCAGUGUACUGUGUGCCCACUUUCUUUCCAGCGUGUAUCAGAGUACCGCGAGCACGCGAGCUCGCACCCGGCGACGGCGCUGCACUCGUGCUGGAGUUGCGGCGCGCAGUUCUCGUCGCGCGCGGCCGCCCGCGAGCACGCGCGGCUGCACGAGGCGGACCGCGCGCUCAUGUGUUAUCUGUGCCAGGCCACUUUUCAGUCGCCGUGGGAGCACCGCCGCCACUGCGCGGGCUGCGCGGGCGGCGGCGCGUGCCCGCUGUGCGGCGCGCGCGUGUUCUCGCGGCCCGCGCUGGCGGCGCACGCGGCCGCCGCGCACGGCCGCGGCGCCGCGCCGCCGCUGCUGUGCGCUGUCUGCUUCAAGGCGUUCGAGGCGGAGGAGGACUACAGCGCGCACGCGCUGGCGCACCGGCGGGCCGACCACUUCGUGUGCGGCUACGACGGCUGCAUACUGAGGUUCGGCACCAGAACCAACCUGCUGUCGCACAUCCGCGCGGCGCACGCCAGCGCGCCGCCGCCGCCCGCCCCGCGCUGCGCGCAGUGUGGCCGCACGUUCGGGUCGGCGGCUGCGCUGAAGCGGCACGCGCGCGCGCACGCCCGCGCCGAGGCCGACGACGGCGCCGAGUACCUCGAGAUGGACGCGCUGGACGACUGACUCGGCAGUAUUCGACGCCGCAGAAUAGCGCGACCUGCCGCCGAAUCAGAUGGCACGAUUAAAACCACAUUACUUAUCGAUAUUCUACUGAGUUAUGACGGUUAAUAUUUAUAAUUUGCUAUUUAUCCGCUGGAAGACGAGUGUUAAUGUUAUAAAAUAAUAAGGUUCAUUUUGUUGUGUAUUGGAAAGGCGUACGGAAUGAGGAACACUGACUGAUGAUAAUAUGUACUCGUUAUAUUUAUUGUGUAAUUUGUAAAAUUGGUAUUAUUGUCUCCAAUUACCUACUGGAGAUAAUAAUGCGUAUAUGUGCGUAAUUUUAAUGAAGUACUUGUUAAUUUCAAAUUGGGAAAAUGUUUGUAAAAAUAUUCAGCCGAACAUGUGGUGACAGCAGCACCUGUAUCUAUUUGUAAGUUAUGUAUUUUUCCAUUUAACUGUAGUGAAAUGUAGAAUUUAUCAUCAUUUUGUACUUGGAUAUUUUGAAGUAUAAUGUAGUUUGUGUAUUUCAUAUAUCUCUUCAUCCGGAUCACUAUCUAUUUCUAUUUCAAUUUGUCAACCUUUGUUCAAACGAAAUUUGCCGAGAUAAAAUAAAAUAACUACGUGUUGGUAAAUAAAAAUAAAACUAUAAUAUAAAAACUCAAAACAUAAACAUAUCGUGAGUAAUUCCAAUUCAUGACAACCAUUGUGAAAAAAUUAACAAAAGAAGAUCAUUUUCUCUUCACUUGAAUAUUAACUUUUUGUAAGCGGCCAGUGUGCUAUACAAUUUUAAACAACCUUUAAAACAAACUGACUGUAUAUGUCCUUUGACUUUACAAUUUUUGCAGAAUAAUUUGUCUUUCAGUUUACAUUUUCUUGCUGUAUGGUUUGUUUUGCCACAGCAGAAACAUUUAAUAUUAUGUUUUUCUUCUGCAUUUUCAUUCUUAUUGUAUGUAUUUCCAUUGUAUUUAUUUUCCUUCUUUUUGUAUAGUGAAACUUUAUUUAUAUUUCCUUGUAUUUCGGUGCCCAUCUCCUUCGACUCAGUUUUUGAUGUUAUAGAGACAUAGCAAUUUUUAAAAUGUCCUCAAAUUUAGUUUCAGGUGAUUCUUGAAGUAGCCUUUCCUUUAUUUCAGAACUGCGUAGCCCUCUAACGAACUGCACCCGCGAGUGAGUUUCAAAUGUUGUUUUUCUACAAUGAUUGCAGAUAAAAUUGCAUUUUCCACCUAUUUCUUUCAAUCCAGCGACAUAAUUUGCAAUACUCUCAUACUCUUGCUGGGUACGAAGGCAAAACUUAUGUUGUUGGGUAACCUCACCAGGUUCUGGGGCAAUAUGGUUACUUAGAAUUUUCACCAAGUCGUUGUAUGUUUUUGAUUCCGGUGUACUCGGAGCUGUAAUGUUUUUCAAUAGCUGAGUGUUUGGGACCGAUACAAUUCAGAAAUAUUUGUAAUUUUGAUUACUCGUUGGUUACGCCCUUCAAUGUAAUGUCAUUUUGUAAUCGUUGUAAAUAACUUUUAAAUGAUCCGUUGAUUUCAUCAUAUGGCUGUAAUGAAAUGCCAGUAAUGGGUUUUGUAUCUUUAUCCAUUAACGCUUGUUGUAAUUUUUGUUGUUCCUGCACACCUCUCAUAGCUUCCACCAUCUGAGCCAGAUGUGCGAUUUGCGUAGCCUCCAUUGCUACUGAUUUUGAACCCGUGGAUUCACGGAUACCUAAGUUAGGUGGAUGCACUGGUCACAAACUUUUCACUUUUGACGUGGCUGUCACGGCGUGCUCGCGUCACCGGCCAUUGUACAGUUUUCUUGUUCCCUUCGUAUCGUUUACGAUCCUCGUCGCCACUGUUGUGUAUUAGAAAGGCGUACUGAAUGAGGAACACUGAUUAUACAUGGUGACAUUUAAAACAACUGCAUCCUUUUAAACAUAGACUAAACCCAUGCUUCUGAGCCGUUUGAGCCUAUUUUUAUUAAAAUUAAACGUCAUCAUUUUCACAUUUAAAAAACCCUCAAAAACUCAUCACACGCUUUAUUAAAGACCAAUACCACAAAAAGAAAUUAAAACUAAACAUGUAAAUAAAUGUCUGAAAAAUAAAUUAUUUUUCUAGUAUCAAGAUCAAGUACAGAGUUGUCGAGAUCGCUCAGCUCUGAAUCUUACGCGUCGCUUUUCCGCCGGCCGGGGUGAUAUGACGUAUGUAGGAUGUAUGGAUUUUGAUACUUUCAUUUUUUUUUCGUACUUUCUGAAAUAUGAACCGAUAUUUCUUUUAACGUUUUUAAAUAUCCUUUAGAUGAGUACACUUAACAGUAAAAUUUACGCAGUUGAAUUAAAAGUCACCUGUAUGUACUCGAUGUAUUUAUUGUGUAAUUUGUACAAUAAUAUGUAGCAUCUAUGUAAUGGCUGACAUCAUGAAUCCUCAUUUCCGACAGGUCCGUGUAGGUAGCGCUCGGGUAUAUACAGUAAAUAAAAUAAUUUUUCAACAUCA